UCCAUUUCCUCUUUCCCGUGCCAACUCAUUCAUCAUGGCGGUCGGCAAAAAACUCACUAAAGAAGACGAAAUUUUGCUGCAAAACUUCAGUAGAACCGUCUCCACUAAAUCUUCAGCAUUGUUCUAUGCCAACGCGUUCUUCGUCUCAGCCAUUCCCCUCUGGCUGUUUUGGAGGAUUCACCAGAUGGACCCCUAUUCUUCUGGUAUCAUGUUUGUUGUGAUGACUCUGAUCAGCACGUGGCUAGUGGCUUUUGCCUACAAGAACGUGAAAUUUCAAUUGAAACAUAAGAUAGCCCAGCGUCGAGAUGCUUCAGUUACCAAAGAAGUUAGCAUGGAGCUUGAUUCUAACAAGAAGCUGACACGCCAAGAAAAGGAUGAAAGAAUCCUUUGGAAAAAGAACAAGGUUGCUGAAACUGAAGCCAUCACUUUCUCCAUAUUUUACAACAAUGCCCUGUACCUAUUCUUGAUUCUGAUAGCAUCAUUUUAUGUUCUGCGAACAUUCAAUCCUGCUGCAAACUAUCUGCUGUCCACAUCCUUAGCUGGUGGUGUGCUAGCUUUGCUGUCAACUGGAUCAUCUGCUUGAGAAGGAAAAGGAUCAAAGUGGCUCAGCUGUCUUCCAUUUAUUGAUUUUAAUAAAUGACAUAGUUAAAAGA